AUGUCGAAGCGCGUACCCUCUUUCGUGACCAGCGUGCUCCCCAAUGGCCAACUGCGCACAGUCGGCAGUCGAGAAGAAUUACCCAAGGAGAUCGUGUCAUCCCCCCAUCAGAUCCCACCUCUGGGACUAACUCCUGUCUACGACUACUGCAAUCGCCACUUCGCAACCGAAGACCCCUACGAGGUCCGACGUACCUCUUCUACAGACCGGCCAGCCUUCAUGACCGUACCAACUGCCACCAGUUCGGGGGUACUUUUAAACAAGAACGAAGCGACUGCAGAUCACACCACCUACGCUGGCAACACCAUGAACCACAACACCUACGCAGAUCACACUACCUACACACAAAAAAGUUAUGUAGACAAAACCUAUGUAGACAACGGGAGCUACGCUGACAACAGGUCGUACCUAACGGUUUCUCCUUCCGUCGCAGUCAAGCCGUCCCCGCUGAACCCGAACGGCAACGAAUCGCCUACCGUCCGGGUACCUAUAAUUGGCCGCCCGGAGGAAUACCAAUUCGCAGUCUCUACCUCCAGACCACCUCCCGAGUCCCUGGAAAGACAGCCAGAACUGCAAGUGCCGGAACUGCCUAUAGGCUAUUACCCUUCCGGCAGCCUGUAUGGCAGCCAACAAGCCCAGUACCCCUUAGGGAGUCAGCCCAGUAUGAAUGGUGUGCAGCAGAUCAGUAACAAUGGUCUGCACCAGACGACCGUGCAGCAGACGAGCGUGCAGCAGCAACCCUCGUACAGUCGAACGCCUAAUGAAGAUUCUCCUUUACUCUAUUUCGUCAAUUUAGGAAAUCCCGUCUACAGGCUCGACCCGGGCAAGUUCACACUCGUCAGCGGACGCGAACGCCAGGACUUGACCGAGCGCGCCCUUCACUCACCCACCGCAGUGCCUGCUUCACCCAGUUGGGCGUCUCCUUCCCACAGCCCGCGACUGAACAGCCCUCAGUCGCGGCAAGCCUCUUACAGACCGGUGGCCGACCCUGUGCCGACCGCGUUUCCACUGGAGGAGACACCCAUAGAGACAGCCAAGCCGCACGAAACCACGAGCAGGCUUACUCCCAUCGCCGAAACGACUUAUCUCAUCGAUCCGUGCACCCACCAAACUGUCACUCACUCUACGACGCAACUGGGUCGACCUAUGAACGUUGCCCUCCCGAUUGUCAAGACUACACGCGAUGACUCCACCCAAGAAUGCUACUCGGUCGACGCCGACGUAAUUUACGAUGAAAGUGAAAUGCCUUUCGAAGUACAGUCCAUUCGCCUCAAACGCAACGGACAAGUGGGAUGCUGCUGA